AGAAGCGCAAGAGUUUGCCACAGCAAACGCGUCCAGUGCCCGUUGCUUGUGCAGUCACGAGCUACGUCCGGGAAUACGGACCCUAAGAUCUGACACCCUAGGUUCUUGAAGACCACGCACAGAAUACAUUCAAUCCGUGAACCUUUCUUUUUACUGUCUAGCUGUUGUCGUUAAAGAGCAUUACUUGAUUGUACGAUCACGGUCCUGUGGGUGAUGUACUCCAACAUUUGACAUUGCUAGCUAGCUAGCUAGCUAGCUGUUUAGCUAGCUUGCCUUGCGUGACUCAUGUUCAGUGAUCUAGACUGAUAGGUUGUUAUUUUGACAUUUUUUUUCUACCUUGUGAAAUUGCGUGUAAUAGAGGAAUAAUCUAUCUACUGUGACAUUUCGCUCCGUCUUAUAUCAGACUGUGAUAUACUCAGAUGCGGGUUUGUUGACGUUUAGUCGGUGAAACGCAAAUAGGUUGCUAACGUUGGGUUUGAAUGAAUUAGCCAACGGAAACGGCAGCUAGCUACCGUCGCAGCUAAUGAUACACUAAACCGAUAGUUAGCUAGCCACCUCAGCAGGCUGUGCUGCAUCCACAGAAUACGUUCCCUUGAGCUAGCUAAUCUAGCUUGCUAGUGUUAACCUUUUACGAGUUAGUUAGCUAGCUAGAGUGUUGGCUAACGUUGCACGUCCAAAACGAGAAUUCAUAUAGGUUAGGUUUAAAGCUAACAUAAGCUUGAAGUCAACGAGCUAAAAAACACACGAGACCAUCACUACAAUUUACAUUUUGUCUGCGCUUGAAAUCGGAGGGAACCGAAAAUGCCGGCUGUGUCGAAGGGAGAUGGAAUGCGAGGAUUAGCGGUGUUCAUUUCGGACAUCAGGAAUUGUAAGAGCAAAGAAGCUGAGAUCAAGCGUAUCAACAAGGAGCUGGCCAACAUCCGCUCCAAGUUCAAGGGUGACAAAGCUUUGGAUGGCUACAGCAAGAAGAAGUAUGUCUGCAAGCUGCUCUUCAUCUUUCUGCUGGGCCAUGACAUUGAUUUUGGACACAUGGAGGCGGUCAACCUGCUCAGCUCCAACAAGUACACUGAAAAACAGAUUGGUUAUCUGUUCAUCUCUGUUUUGGUGAACAGCAACAGUGAGCUGAUCCGGCUGAUCAACAACGCCAUUAAGAAUGACCUGUCCAGCAGGAACCCCACCUUCAUGUGUCUGGCCCUGCACUGCAUCGCCAAUGUGGGCAGCCGUGAGAUGGCCGAGGCCUUCGCCGGAGAGAUCCCACGCAUCUUAGUGGCAGGGGACACCAUGGACAGUGUGAAGCAGUCGGCAGCCCUGUGUCUGCUGCGCCUCUACAAGACGUGCCCGGACCUGGUGCUCAUGGGUGAAUGGACAUCCAGAGUUGUACAUCUGCUCAAUGACCAACACAUGGGUGUGGUAACUGCAGCCAUCUCCCUCAUCACCUGCCUCAGUCAGAAGAAUCCAGAUGAGUUUAAGACCUGUGUAUCCCUGGCUGUAUCACGUCUCAGCAGGAUUGUGUCAUCAGCUUCCACUGACCUGCAGGACUACACCUAUUACUUUGUGCCGGCACCCUGGCUCUCCUGCAAGCUGCUGCGGCUGCUGCAGUGCUACCCCCCGCCAGAGGAUGGCGCCGUCAAAGGCCGGCUGGUGGAGUGCCUAGAGACCAUUCUGAACAAAGCCCAGGAGCCGCCCAAGUCCAAGAAGGUCCAGCAUUCCAACGCCAAAAACGCCAUUCUCUUUGAGGCCAUUGCUCUCAUUAUCCACUAUGACAGUGAGCCCAAUCUGCUGGUGCGCGCCUGUAACCAGCUGGGCCAGUUCCUGCAGCACAGAGAGACCAACCUGCGCUACCUGGCCCUGGAGAGCAUGUGCACGCUGGCCAGCUCCGAGUUCUCCCACGAGGCCGUCAAAACACACAUCGAGACAGUCAUCAACGCACUCAAGACUGAGAGAGAUGUGAGUGUGCGCCAGAGGGCUGCUGACCUCCUCUACGCCAUGUGUGACCGUAGCAACGCCAAACAGAUUGUUGCCGAGAUGCUGAGUUACCUGGAGACUGCCGACUAUUCAAUCCGAGAGGAAAUGGUGCUGAAGGUGGCCAUUCUGGCUGAGAAGUAUGCUGUGGACUACUCCUGGUAUGUGGACACCAUCCUCAACCUGAUCCGCAUCGCGGGAGAUUACGUCAGUGAGGAGGUCUGGUACCGUGUCAUUCAGAUCGUCAUCAACCGAGAUGACGUGCAGGGCUAUGCUGCCAAGACUGUGUUUGAGGCCCUCCAGGCCCCAGCCUGCCACGAGAACAUGGUGAAGGUCGGAGGUUACAUCCUAGGAGAGUUCGGUAACCUCAUCGCUGGUGACCCGCGGUCCAGCCCCCUGGUGCAGUUCAACCUGCUGCACUCCAAGUUCCACCUGUGCUCGGUCCCCACGCGGGCACUGCUGCUCUCGGCUUACAUCAAGUUCAUCAACCUGUUCCCCGAGACCAAAAGCACCAUCCAGGAGGUGCUGCGCUGCGACAGCCAGAUCCGCAACAGCGACGUGGAACUGCAGCAGCGCGCAGUCGAGUACCUCAAGCUCUCCUCCAUCGCCAGCACUGACGUCCUGGCCACUGUUCUGGAGGAGAUGCCUCCGUUCCCUGAGAGGGAGUCGUCCAUCCUGGCCAAGCUGAAGAAGAAGAAGGGGCCGGGGGCUGUGUCUGUGAAUGAGCUGGAGGAUGCCAAGAGAGAGGGAGGAGAGCUGAACGGAGGAGGAGAGAGGGCGGACACUUCUGCUAUGGCUGCGUCCAACGCUUCCACGCCCUCUCCAUCUGCUGACCUGCUCGGUCUCCGCCCAGCCCCUGCAGUUGGCUCAGCUCCUCCCAGUACUGGCAGCCUAUUGGUCGAUGUGUUUUCAGAGGGGUCGGCUGCGCCCAGCGCAGGUGUCAAUGACGACGGCUUCCUGAGAGAUCUGGAACAACCCCCUGAGACCUCUGACACCCUAUUGGCUGAGGGUCCUGGUGACUCCGACUCUGCUCCUCCUCCUGCUGUCUCUGAGGAACCUGCUCCCCCUCUGCCUGAAGCAGAAGAGCUACUCAACAAGUUUGUGUGUAAGAAUAACGGAGUCCUGUUUGAGAACCAGCUGCUGCAGAUUGGAAUCAAGUCUGAGUAUCGCCAGAACCUGGGGAGAAUGUACUUAUUCUACGGCAAUAAGACUUCAGUGCAGUUUGUCAGCUUCUCCACUACAGUGUCCUGCCCAGGUGAACUGCCGACUCAGCUGAAUUUGCAGACUAAAACAGUGGAGCCUCUGAUUGAGGGCGGUGCCCAGGUGCAGCAGGUGGUCAACAUCGAGUGUCUGACUGAUUUCGUUGAUGCGCCGCUUCUCAACAUCAAGUUCAGGUAUGGUGGAGCCCUGCAGAAUCUCACCCUCAAGCUUCCCGUCACCAUCAACAAGUUCUUCCAGCCCACUGAGAUGUUAUCACAGGAGUUCUUUCAGCGCUGGAAACAGCUCAGCCAGCCUCAGCAAGAGGCACAGAAGAUCUUCAAGGCUGGCCAUGGCAUUGACACAGAAGUGGUCAAAGCCAAGUUGUUGGGCCUUGGGACGGCCCUGUUGGAGAACGUGGACCCUAACCCAGAGAACUUUGUGUGCGCUGGAGUCAUCCAGACCAAGGCCCAGCAGGUGGGCUGCCUACUCAGACUGGAGCCCAAUGCCCAAGCUCAGCCUGGGGAGCAGAUGUACCGCUUGACUCUGCGCAGCAGUAAGGACACCGUCUCCAAGCGUCUUUGUGAGCUGCUGUCGGAACAGUUCUAGAGUCUUCUCCUGGAAUCCAUGCCUAGACCAUCACCUUCCUAGAGCCCUCACGCAGACCAGCGUUCUACUUUCCAGAACCCUGAACAAAGAAAGAAAACUUCAGAAGCAUUCGUACAUAAGGGAAAAAAAACACAGCCGGCAUUCUGCGACGGCCAUAUAACUGUCCUAAUUACAAUUAUUAUGAUUAUUAUUACUGUUAUCAUCAGCGCAACAGUUCUUGUUUUUAUUGGUGUUUACCUGUGUGCGUGUGUGUCAGAGAGUGUGUUAGAGAGCAUGUGUGCGUGCGUGUUUGUUUGCAUGAGUGAGUGAGUGAGUGAGUGUGUGGUACAGAAUUGUGGUGAUUGUUGUGUUCUCCGUCCGGCCUAGUGACUGAAGUGUGCUCUGUGCUUGUGUUGGCAGCUGGUGCGCAUUGUGCUGGGAGGGGCGAGCGGUCGGCGUACACGCGAUCUAACAUUUCAACUUCCGAUAGCAUUCCUGCGAAGUGUACGCAUACACAAGACACUCACCCACACACGUCUCUUAAACAUUCCUUGUAAGCCAUGGAUGGGAGGACGCACCAAAACCCCUUUGCUCGCUCACAUGCACAAAUCUGAGGAAUUGUACAGAUGAAGUAGAAAUACACUAAGGGAGGCAGUUGCCUCUAGAUGGGCCGGACAUUUGCGCUUUACUGACCUAAUCACCCCCCUCCAACCCUCCCAGCACAUCCUCAUACAUUAGUAUAUAUAUAUAUAUAUAUAUAUAUAUACAUAUACAUACACACACACACACAGCUUUCUCAUCAGCUCGCUCGGCAUGUAUCACUGCAAAGAUUCCACAUUUCCAUUCCCAUAUUCCCCCGGCGCAGAAGAGCAGGCUUAGUGCACUUUAACAAGGCUCAGGCAGGGAAGUGAUCAUGCACGCUUCAUUAGACCCUCUCGUGGGCUCGUCAUUUAUUGCAUUUAUUACACCCCCGUCAUGACUUCAGAGAUGAGAGAUGCUUUGUGAUUGGUUGUGACGUGUUUUUUUUUUUUUUUUUUCUUUCUUUUUUUUAUUUUUAUUGUAUUUACCUGUCUAUUUUGUCUCAUCUCAGUGCUGAUGUUAGUGAUGUGUUAACUUGAAGUUUGUUGCCCCAUUUCAUUGUUUUGUACAUUUCAUGAUUUCAUGGUGGUCCAAAUGUUCAGGUUGUGUCCAGGUCGCCAGCUCUCUUCUGUUAGAGGAGACGGCUGAGGGGACAGCAGGGCAGCGGGAGGGAGAGGAGGGCGUCCUCUGUCUGUACGUCUGUCUGUCUGCACAUGAAGAGUGCAGCAGUGGAUUCUUAUGUAGACACACAUGCACGCACACUACAAAGAUCUGCGGUGAUCUGUGGCGACCUCCGCUCUUGCACUCAAACACACACACACACACACACACACACAACACAACACAACACAACACAACACAACACAACAGAACAAACGGGACUAAAGCCAGAUUGGGUGUUGAGUUGUGGUGAGGUUGUGACUGAUGUUCCAGAGCGCCUGUUUGAGCACUUAUCAUGUGAACAUGUUUAAAUCAGCGAGUACUUCAAUGCGCACACUAUAGUCUAAGAUAACACACUAGUCUUCAACACACACAUACAUCUUAGAUGGCAGAAAAACAGAGAGAAAGAUUAGGACCAAACCAGCUGCCAACAGUCAACCACAACGCCAGUGAUCAUCUUGCUUUGGUUCAGCAUUAGGUGUGUAUGUGUGGGAUGAGUGUGACUGUACCAUAUUAUAAGGAGAAAAAAAAUCUAACGAAGUUUAUGGGACACUGUCAUAUAUGUUGAAUAAGGAGUCACUAUGCUUCCCUCGAUGCAACUGUGCAUUCACUGGGACUUUGUCAUUGUAGUUGAAUUUGAAUCAUUGUCAUAUUUGUGUGUGCGCGUGAGCGUGUCUGUGCAGUAUCCGCUAGCUAAUACAGCCCCAGUGUAUCGGUGUUAAACCUGUCAGAUACCUGUGUUAGAUUCCAAUUUACUCUGUACUGAAAAAUGUGAAAGUAAAACUAUGCCAUAUAUUCAAA